GGUUUUCUGCCGUAUGAUCUGACCACGUACAGUAGCAGUGGAAUGCCACAUUUGUCACAUACAUCCCUGAUGGGUCCAUUGGUGAAUCCAUUCGUGCCUUCCCAUAUUCUCAGUUUGCUGCAAGAAGAUGCGAAACAGCCAUCCGAGAAAGCAUCGAGUGCCGUCGCAGCAAACCUGCGACCGUUCCACAUUUACGAUCCGGCCGAUCCAAUUAGCGCACUUUCCGUACCUGCCACCAACGAGCUGCAGACGCGAUGCAAGAACAGUGCAGAGCAGUCGCCCUCAACACAGGUAUGUGUUUUCGUUUAUGUGCCUGAAGUUGUUCUGUUUUCUCACGCAGCGAAACUUUAA